AUGCCACCGAAAAAAUCAUCACAGGCUGUCGUGGCCUCGCAAAUGUCAAUGAAUGUAAGUGAUUCGGACGACCCUGCCGAUCAUGACACGACUUUCGAUGAUGAUGCUAAUCUAAAACCAAUCGUUAUUAAACGACUCGAUUGGAUCAACACAGUACUUCGUCCAAUGGGUUGCGAUGGAAGAAAAGCGUUUCCUGCUGUACAUAAACAAGUUGCGAAAGCUUUGAAUGACACAUUCGGUUAUAAACUUGUUUCGGACGAAAAACAUGACGGUCGGUUAACAUAUAGUAUCAUAAAAAGCUAUAUCUUGGUCAAUGCAUUAAAACAAGGUCCACUCGAACGUCGACCAUUAACAAAUCCUAGUCAAAAUUCGAAAUACGCUCUAUUAAUGAUCAUUGUUGCUUGCUUAAAACGAGCAGGCGGUGAAAUGUCCGCAGUUGAUUUCUGGGCGAUACUCAGUGAAACACUUUCCAUUCGUAACGAAGAGUCAACACGGUUGGCAACAAAUCAACAUAAACUCUUCGGUGAUGUCCAAAAAUUAAUUCGAACAGAUUUUCCUAAAGAAGGCUAUCUAAUCUUCGACCAAGCAAAAGAUUUAACCGGUGAUACACAAACCACCACUCAAACUGUAAAACUCGGCUUUCGUGCUCAACAUGAAUUUCCUGAUGAAGCAAUAGAUGAAUUUAUUGAAAAAGUUGGAGAAUACGGAAUCGAAAGCGACACAGAGGAGAAUAAUAAUGAUGCCAUGGAAGAUGAUACUUAA